AUGUUGAACCAUACAACUGUCACAGAGUUUAUUCUCUUGGGCUUCCCCUCCCUCCACCAUCAGGAGUACCUGAUAGCAGUCACUUUCCUGGCUUCCUACCUGGUGAUCUUAGUUGGAAACCUGCUGAUCAUUGCCCUCAUUCUUUCUGACCAAGACCUCUACAGACCCAUGUACUUUUUCCUCUGUAACCUCUCCUCUCUGGAGAUCUCCAUCACUACAUCCAUCAUACCCCAAACAGUAGGAAGCUUGUUGAUGGGCAGCAAAGCCAUCUCCUACCCAGCUUGCUUAACUCAGUGCUACUUCUACUCUGUCUUGGGCAGCAUCGAGUUUGUCCUUCUGGCUGUCAUGUCCUACGACCGUUAUGCAGCUAUAUGCUACCCUCUUCAGUACCCCAUGCUAAUGAACAGUCGGCUUUGCCUUCAGCUCCUGUUGGGGUCAUGGAGUGCAGGCUUCCUGAUCACCAUUGUCCCCACUGUCCUAGUUGCCAGGCUUCCCUUCUGCAAUGCCAAUUGUAUUGACCACUUCUUCUGUGAUAGCGUGCUUUUGAUCAGGUUGUCCUGUGCAGAAACACAGACUGUUGAGCUGAUAAUUUUUGUGACCUCUUCCAUCAUCCUCUUUGGCUCACUGGUCAUGACAGCAAUGUCCUACCUAUAUGUUAUUAACACCAUACUUAGGAUGCCGUCCGCUUCGUCGCGGAACAAGGCAUUCUCUACAUGCUCCUCUCACUUCACCAUUGUCAUCUUGGGCUAUGGUAGCUGCAUCUUCAUGUAUGUGUGGCCUUCAAGUCAUGUUUCCUACAACAAAACAGUGGCCCUACUCAACACAGUGGUAACUCCUCUGAUGAGCCCCUUUAUUUUCAGCCUGAGAAACCAGCAGAUGAAAGACGCUCUCAAGGCGGGCUUGAAGAGAAGUGUGAUAAUCUCCAGGAAAUGUUUUUCCUUCUGA